AGGCAGCGGAAGGAACACUCCAGUGUGGAAUGGGAGCCCUCGGGACUCCCCCAGCCCUGCCCUCCUGCUCACUGCUCCUCUCCUUCCCCUUGCAGAGCACUACAAACACCACUGGUUCCCCGAGAAACCCUUCAAAGGCUCCGGGUAUCGCUGCAUCCGCAUCAACCACAAAAUGGACCCCAUAAUCAGCAAGGCAGCGAGCCAGAUCGGACUGAGCCUGCCCCAGCUCUACCAGCUGCUGCCCAGCGAGCUGACACUCUGGGUGGAUCCCUACGAGGUGUCCUACCGCAUCGGCGAGGACGGAUCCAUCUGUGUGUUGUACGAGGCCAGCAAACCCCCCAGCUCCUAUGGCAUGCUCACCUGCAAGAACCAGAUGAUGCUGGGGCGCACCAGCCCCUCCAAAAACUACGUCAUGACUGUCUCCAGCUAA